CCUACUACUAUCCCCCCGACUCAUGUCCUUCCUCUUUGUUCUACUCAAGGGCCAAGGGAAUACAGAAGGAUUUGCCAAAAAAAAAACCCAAGCCUUUGAAACUCACAAAGGUACCUUGACCUUGUCCGGGCAGAUCCCUCUGUUCCCUAUCACCCUACUAUUCCCAUCUCUCAUUCUUGAACUCAACUCGACAUCGAUCUAAUCAUUACUGUCACUCACCGGUACCAGUUCUCUCUUUACAAUAUCAAGCAUACACCUAUCUCAUUGAUCAUUGAGGAAAUAGUCACAUCAGCAUGUCAGAUCACAUCCACGCACUUACCACCGCUCUAAUACCCCUCACCACCCUCGUCUCUUUUUCCAUCUAUCUCGGAAUACAUCCAGAUUCCCCAAUUCACAAGCUCGUACGACGUCCCAUUCGACUCCCUAUCCAUCAUGAUGAAGCUCUGGACGGUUCUAUACCCACGGAAAAAGACCCAUUCGACAUCGUGGACCCCGUCGUGUGCAUUGAUGGGAUACCGGUUGAUCCAGAGAAAUUUUGGGCCAGCAUGUGGAGAAGAAAACUCGCCUUGUUCAUCACGAUGUCCCUCCCUUUUAUUUCCAACAUCACAUUGUUGAUCUUGACGGCUGCGAGUGGAGUAGAACCACAAGAACGAGAUCGUCAAAUUGUCAUUCCAGCUUUACUCAUUCCUGCUCAUUGCGUCAUAUUGCUCAUCGGCUGGUGGCAUUUAUCUCAACAUACCGUCUCGACACAUUGGCCAACUACCAUCAUACAAUCUAUCAACAUCUUCUCUGCUUUUCUAGUCUUAUCUGCUCUUGCUUUGCUACCUACGACACCCCUACCUUCUCAACCGUCAGGCAUUCUUCAAGCUCUGCUUCCCAUAUUACAUUUCCCCCCACUUUUGAUUGCCUGCUAUAUCCGACGUGGUCCACCUCUGCAUUUACCUUUGGAUGCCCUGUAUCCUUCGAAAGUUCUGGAAGCUGUUCCUCCGUUACAUGAGUCUUUGGAUCCCUCAAAACCAAACGUAUCUGAAGAAGUUCAGGUCACUGUCCCGGAAUGGCUGCUCUUCAGCUAUACCACGAACCUCGUCAGGAAGGGCUAUUACGCAGAGUCUAUGGAUGUAUGGGACCUACCUAUCCUCACUUCUGAUAUGCGCACAUUACCUAAUUACACUGCGAUGAAAAAAGAGUAUGGACAGCGCAGUCGUCGUUUAGGAAAUUGGGAGGGUUUUAACCUUCUAUGGCAGUUAGCCAAGGUCAACAAAGGUACUCUCAUCGCACAAUCCCUUCUAGCAGCCAUAACAGCCGUCUUCUACUAUCUCCCUCACUAUGUUCUGCGACUUUUUAUCAGGUAUCUUGAGAACGACCCAUCGCGCUCAGAGCCCAUCUGGGGUUGGUUCCUUGCCUUCUGCCUGUUCGUCUCCAAUGCCCUCAUUUACCUCGCUUCUGGAGUCUUGUGGUCCCUGUCGUCCGUAAUACUCGAAGGCAGAAUCAAGGUGCAGCUCAACUCCCUACUGUUCAAGAAAACUUUAGUGAAGAAAGAUAUUGCUUCUUCCGCUCCGGACACAUCGAACAAGGAAGCGAAAAAACAGCUCGCCAAGGAGAAAAAGUUGGUCAGGGGCAAAGACGAGGACGAUGAUGACGACAGCGGUGACGAGGACGAGGAAGAGGGUGUAAAUUCGAAGAGUCAGAUCAUGACUCUCUUCACGGUCGACGUCGACCGAGUGACGGAAUUCGUUUUUCACGAAUUCAGCUUGAUCGAUGCACCUAUAGAGAUUAUUGUGGCAACCGUCUUCCUGGUUAACAUGCUGGGAACAUCAGCAAUCUUCGGUCUCUUGACAGUCAUCAUUUGCCUGCCAUUGAAUCAUAUUGCCUCCAAGAUUGUCGUCAAGGCUCAAGACAACUUGAUGAAGACCCGAGAUCAGCGCACGUCACUGAUGAAUGAGAUACUGCAGGGUAUCAGAAUGCUCAAAUUCAUGGCCUGGGAGCGUUCCUUCGAGAAACGUAUUAACGAUAUACGAAAGCAAGAGCUUCACUGGCAAGCUCGAAACUACCAGAUCGAAGUAUCUUUCAAUUGCAUCUGGGCCCUCACCCCAGUGCUUGUCACUGUCGUCUCUUUUUUGCACUUCACAUUGGUCAGCCAUCAGCGUCUGACGCCGUCCAUUGCAUUCACAUCAAUCGCCGUUUUCGCCGAGCUCGAAUACGCCCUCAACGCCCUUCCUGAGACUUUCAUCCAGGCCCUUCAGGGGUUCGUAUCUUGCAAACGAAUCGAGACAUACCUCACCCGUGACGAGGUCGCCCCAGUGAAGAAUGAAGUCGGUGAUGGCGACAUAAUCCUCACCAACGCCACUUUUACCUGGCCAGUGGACGACUCUGCCUACAAGCCGGUCAAUGGUCUAGCUCCACGAUCGGUCCCCGCAACACCCAAACACGCGUUCACCCUUGCCGACCUGAAUCUCAAAUUCCCUCGAGGAGAGCUCUCCCUAAUCUGUGGUAGAUUAGGCUCCGGCAAAACUCUGCUUCUCGCCGGUUUACUAGGUGAAGCGGAUCUUGUGGCCGGACAGGUUAUUUGCCCACGUUCACAUCCUGAUGCUAUGAAUGGUCAUCCGGAUCCGAUCUUAGAACAAGAAUGGCUCGUCCCAAAUAUGGUCGCUUUCGUGCCACAACAAGCUUGGCUGCAGAAUGCCUCCAUAAAGGAUAACAUCAUCUUCUCCUCUCCUUGGAGUGAGGCACGAUAUCAAGCAGUCAUCGAAGCAUGCUCCCUCCUCCCAGAUCUGGAGGUUUUGGAAGACGGAGAUGAGACUGAGAUCGGAGAGAAAGGCUUGAAUCUUAGCGGUGGGCAAAAGGCUCGAGUGUCACUUGCACGCGCGGUGUACAGUCGUGCUUCUCUCCUAUUUCUGGACGACGUACUCAGUGCGGUAGAUGCUCACACUGCUCAGGCGAUCAUGGACAACUGCUUGCAAGGAGAUAUCGUAGCGGGUCGUACUAUUCUCAUGGUCUCUCAUCAUACCACGCUCGUCUCACCCGGCGCUGCUUACAUUGUCGCUCUCGAGAAUGGCGAUGUCAAAUUUUCCGGUACCAGGGACGACUUUGUAGCCUGUGGGAUGAUGGAAGAGCUCGAAGCUGAGGAUGUGAAGGCCAAACCGACUGCCCCUGAGAACAAGGAGCUUAAACUACCUGAAUCGAUCAGUAAGCCAGGACACAAGAGCGUCAUCAGUUUAUCUGGAAUUACCCUCGCGUCUUCGUCAUCUUCAAUGGUCGGCGGCAAGAGCAAACCUCCUCGUAAAUUGAUCGAAGACGAGAAACGAGCCAAAGGUCGAAUUGCUUGGUCGGUAUGGAAGCUCUAUUUGACAUCUUUAGGUGGUCCUGUGUGGUGGUGUAUGUUCGUGUUUGGUAUUACGAUUGCUAUGAUUGUCCCUGUGGCCGAGCGAGGCUGGGUCGAGUAUUGGACAGGAUCACCCGGGGUUCAUACCGCAGAAUACUAUGUCAUUGGUUACGCUCUAAUUACCCUCAUCGGAGUGUUCCUCAAGAACAUCCAGUAUGUCGUUGUGUACUACGGUUCGCUCAAGGCAAGCAAAAAGCUACAUGGCGUUAUGCUCGAGGCGGUCUUAUUUGCCAAAUUGCGUUUUCACGAUACUACCAGCAGAGGUCGCCUUCUCAAUCGAUUUGGUAAAGACAUCGAAGGUUUAGACUCGAGCAUGGCGGACAAUUUCGUCAGGAGUAUAUCAUACGGUCUUUCGGCUACGGUCACUGUAUGCUCUAUCACUUAUGUAGGAGGUCUUCCUUUCAUCGUUGUUGGUUGUAUCGUGAUGGUCAUCUACUAUCAGAUCGGGUCCAUUUACGGUCAAACUUCCAGGGAUAUGAGAAGAUUGGAUUCUGUGACUCGAUCACCACUGUAUUCAUUGUUUGGCGAAACCGUCUCUGGAGUGGCUGUCAUCCGGGCGUUCGGAGCUAGCACCAUCGCCCUCAAGCAAAUGAUGCGUUUAGCAGAUACAAAUCUACUGGCAUUUGCAUGGACGUGGACAGUAAAUCGAUGGCUAUCAGCGCGUUUCAAUGUCCUAUCUUCCUUCGUCGUCGGCUUGACGGCCGUCAUGGUUCUUGUCUCACCAGGUACCACAGCCGCCAUGGCAGGGUUUGCCCUGGCAUUCGCAAACACCAUCACUCACGAUCUACUCUUUGUGGUGCGUCGCUUCGUUCAACUCGAACAAAGUAUGGUCGCCCUGGAGAGAAUCAAAGAAUACUCUGAGCUACCCCGAGAAGCACCAGAAUUCGGGGACCGUAGACCUCCUGCAUCUUGGCCAGAAGCAGGAGCCAUAUCAGUAGAAAAUCUGACUAUUCGAUAUGCCCCAGAUCUACCUGAUGUUCUUCAUUCUAUAGCGUUCGAAGUAGCACCCAGAGAAAAGAUCGGGAUUGUAGGUUCCACAGGUUGUGGAAAGUCCACCUUAGCAUUGAGUUUCUUCCGCUUUGUUGAAGCACAUGCAGGAAAAAUCAUCAUUGAUGGCAUUGAUAUCUCUCAGAUCGGUUUGACGGAUCUUCGAACCAGGGUCACUAUAAUUCCUCAAGACCCAACCAUUCUCUCUGGCACAUUAAGAUCCACCCUGGACGUGUUUGACGAAUACGACGAUGCCGACAUUUAUGCGGCUUUGAAACGCGUGCAUUUACUGGAGGAAGAUUCUGAAACGUCGUCAGGUGAUGAGAUCAGGAAUAAGAAUGUAUUCAAGGAUCUUUCCAAUCCUGUCAGCGAGGGAGGAGAUAACUUUUCAAGUGGAGAGAAACAACUCAUUUGUAUGGCAAGAGCAAUAUUACGACGCAAUAGAGUUUUAUUCAUGGAUGAAGCUACUGCUUCUAUAGAUUACGAGACUGACGAACUGAUCUCAAAAACUAUUAGAGAAGAAUUCCACGAUUCCACCAUCCUCACCAUUGCCCAUCGGAUCCAUACCAUUAUCGAUUUUGAUAAAGUACUCGUCAUGGAUAAAGGAAGAUUAGUAGAGUUUUCCAGUCCUGCUGAGUUAUUGAGGAAUCCGAAAUCCCGUUUCUAUGCCCUAUGUAAGGCGACAGGAAAGACAGAGUUCAAAAAUCUCAAACGUAUGGCCACAGAGGCCGAGAGAAGGAAAUCACCAUCAUCAUCUAGUAGUCCACAGAAGGACUAUUAGUUUAUUUCAUUGUGUCAAUAGCAUAUUGCAUGUAUCUUGAGCAUCUUUGUCAGAAACCCAAGACUCAUAUAUGAUGUAUGCGAAGAUGACAAGGAAGUGACUCGGGACAAAGUCAGUGAACGGGUACGAGAUGCACAACUGAUGAAC